GGAAAUCAUUCGCGAAAAUUCAGCAACAUAACGGAACGUGAUGAGCAGCACACACAAGCACAAGUGGCGCAUCCUGCGCGAUGCCAUCCUCAAGGCAGCGCAGGCAGCCAAGCAGCAGCAGGAACAACCGCAGGAACAAAGGGAGCCCCAGGAAGAAGAAGGUGCUGCUGUGGAUGAUGCCUCUGUACGGCGGUUUCAGUCGUAUGGUCUCGUCACAUCGCAUCGCGUCGAACCUGGAACAAUCAAUCGCAUCGCGUUUAGUGGGAACGGCACAGUGCUUGCAGACAGUGCGGACCAGGAUUCAGACGUGCUGUUGGGAACAUGGCAUCGGCACGACGCGCCUGGGUUUGACUCGUUUCAACCCCUCGUGUUUCACCUCAGGCCAGUCGUCACGCUACAAGACAUGCUUGGCUUCAACAACACUGGCAACGUGUGCAUUUGGCCCUCGGAGGAGGUGCUGGUGCACUGGAUUCUCUCCCAACCUGGCGUGUUCAAAGGCUUGCGUGUGUGCGAGAUUGGAGGCGGCAUGGCUUCUCUUGCUGGGCUUGCUGUUGCCAUCAACGAGCAGGCGGAGGAAGUUGUGUUGACAGAUGGAAACGAGAACAGCAUGUCAUGCAUCCAUGCCACGUUGGCUGCCAACCGCGGCGCCUUUACAACUGAAAAUGUGACUGCCCAGCGCCUUGACUGGACACAGCCUGCGCACUAUCAGCACUUGCAGCACAGGUUUGAUGUUGUGCUGUGUGCAGAUUGCUGUUUCUUCGACGAAUUUAGACCGGCAUUAGCAGAGGUGCUCCAAACCAUCACGCGACCGAGUGGGCAUGUCCUACUCAUUUGUCCCGAGCGAAGGGGAACACGAUCCGCCUUCCUUCAGCUUGCAUCAGAUCGGUUUCGUGUGGAGGAAAUUCCGAGUUUCGAUGCAGAACUCCAGCGACAACACGAACAUGUACUUGCAAGCAACCCCAAGUAUGAACCAGACAUCCACUUCCCAAAAGCAGCCAAGCUCACCCCUCUCAAGUAGCAUCUCAACUCUUGUCAAACCAGCCUCAUAUGCCUUGUUCUAGCUUGUGUAUGUGUGUGUGUGUGUGUGCGUGUGCCUGUGUGUCUGUGUGUCUCUGCGUGUGAAGGCGCUGCGUCGCAAGCGUGUACAGUUUGCAAGUGCUGUGCGCUGUUGUUUUCGUUUAUUUCCACGCACACACGCGUGACCUCCAGUCUUGUACACAAGCAAGCAGACGCCCCCUUUGCACACAAAUACAUAAUCGAC